CAGCUACCUGUCCCUGUCACCCUGACACUUCGCUGUCAGGGCUGCGGCGAGGGGGACCUGCAGAGCUUGCCUUUCUCAGCGCGAUCGGCGUUAGCUUUCCUUAUUAGAGAGGUGUUCAGGGGAGGGCGGGAGAGAGGAAGGGGAUCUUUGCCCACUCUUGAUUCGCUUCGGAGUUUUGAAGCCAGCUCCCCAAAGACUCUCCAGCGGUGUCGUCCUGCCCAUAUCCCCAUGUCUCCGUUUGACCGCUGACUUUCGGCCGCUGGACUUUUUCGUUUGAGCCUUCGGGAGGAUACCGGGGCGGCUCGACUCGAGGACUCGGGGAGGGUUGCUUCAGGGCUGUGCGCGUCCUCUGGCUCUGCCCGAGGCGGCCACGGCGGGGCAACUCCACGCCUAGAGCGCGACCGAAAGCGGGAGGCAGCCACUGGGGCUCGGUGGGGCGGGAGCCCGAGAGUCGUAGGCGGCGCGCUCCCCUGUCCAUGAACUGCAUGAAAGGCCCGCCGCACUUGGAGCACCGAGCAGCAGGGACCAAGCUGUCGGCCGCCUCCUCGUCCUCCUCUUCCUGUCACCAUCCCCAGCCGCUGGCUAUGGCUUCGGUCCUGGCUCCCGGGCAGCCCCGCUCCCUGGACUCUUCCAAGCACAGGCUGGAGGUGCACACCAUCUCCGACACCUCCAGCCCCGAGGCCGCAGAGAAAGAUAAGAGCCAGCAGGGGAAGAAUGAAGACGUGGGCGCCGAGGACCCGUCCAAGAAGAAGCGACAACGGCGGCAGCGGACUCACUUCACCAGCCAGCAGCUGCAGGAGCUGGAGGCCACGUUCCAGAGGAACCGCUACCCGGACAUGUCCACGCGCGAAGAAAUCGCCGUGUGGACCAACCUCACAGAAGCCCGAGUCCGGGUUUGGUUCAAGAAUCGCAGGGCCAAAUGGAGAAAGCGAGAGCGCAACCAACAGGCCGAGCUGUGCAAGAAUGGCUUCGGGCCGCAGUUUAACGGGCUCAUGCAACCCUAUGACGACAUGUACCCGGGCUAUUCGUACAACAACUGGGCGGCCAAGGGCCUUACAUCAGCCUCCCUGUCCACCAAGAGCUUCCCCUUCUUCAACUCCAUGAACGUCAACCCCCUGUCUUCGCAGAGCAUGUUCUCCCCGCCCAACUCCAUCUCAUCCAUGAGCAUGUCGUCCAGCAUGGUGCCCUCAGCGGUGACAGGCGUUCCGGGCUCCAGCCUCAACAGUCUGAAUAACUUGAACAACCUGAGCAGCCCGUCGCUGAAUUCCGCAGUGCCGACGCCGGCCUGUCCUUAUGCGCCGCCGACUCCUCCGUACGUUUAUCGGGACACUUGUAACUCGAGCCUGGCCAGCCUGAGACUGAAAGCAAAGCAGCACUCCAGCUUUGGCUACGCCAGCGUGCAGAACCCGGCGUCCAACCUGAGUGCUUGCCAGUAUGCCGUGGACCGGCCUGUGUGAGCUGCGCCCACAGCGGCAGGAUCCUAGGACAGUGCUGGAUGGGGCAACUCCAACCUUGAAAGACUGGGAAUCAUGCUAGAAAGUCGUGGGCACUAAAGACAUCUAAAGAGAUAGAGAAAGGAAACCACUGAGUUAAAGAACAGCUCCUUUGAUUUCAAAGGAAUUUCCUCAGCGCCUGACAUCUUUCACAGUUGCAAGGACACACAUGUAUGUAUGUAUGUGUGUGUGUGUAUAUGUAUGUAUAUAUGUAUAUACACACACACACAUACACAAAUGUUUGACUGGAUAUGACAUUUUAACAUUACUAUAAGCUUGUUAUUUUUUAAGUUUAGCAUUGUUAACAUUAAAAUGACUGAAAGGAUGUAUAUAUAUCGAAAUGUCAAAUUAAUUUUAUAAAAGCAGUUGUUAGUAAUAUCACAACAGUGUUUUUAAAGGUUAGGCUUUAAAAUAAAGCAUGUUAUACAGAAGCGAUUGGGAUUUUUCGCUUGCGAGCAAGGGAAUGUAUAUACUAAAUGCCACACUGUAUGUUUCUAACAUAUUAUUAUAAAAAAAUGUGUGAAUAUCAGUUUUAGAAUAGUUUCUCUGGUGGAUGCAAUGAUGUUUCUGAAACUGCUAUGUACAACCUCCCCUGUGUAUAACAUUUCGUACAAUAUUAUUGUUUUACUUUUCAGCAAAUAUGAAAAAAAUGUGUUUUAUUUCAUGGGAGUAAAAUAUACUGCAUACAAAUUGGUCUGGAUUCUUUCUGCCCUCUGUCGCCUGCCCAGGGCUUCUCAGCCACUGCUUCCUAAACCAAACAGUCCCCUCUGCCUGCCCAGUUAAACACACAAGGCAGCAGUACUUAAAUUUGGUAGAAAUAAAUUGUAGUCAUUCAUCAGAAACUUAAAAAAAAAAAAAAGCACUCCCAGAAAAAACACUGCAAAGUGUCUGGUCUUGUCUCUCAGAUUUUUCUUUGGCUUAAACCCAGAGGAUCCCAUUACUGCAAGCAAAUAAUAUAAGAAAGAAAGGAGAAAGAAAGUAAGCCAGCUUGGAAUGACUCUCAAGUUUACUUCUUGAGGGGAAAAACCUGCACCUCCAGUAAAUUGUUCUGGAGAAGUAUGUGUGUAUGUAUACAUGUACAGUUUAUAUACAUUCCUCUCAAGAGGAAUAUAUCUCUAAUAAGUUUACAAGGAAACACCUCCAGUUCAAAAUAUUUAGGCCUCACGUUUAUCUUUCAGGCUUAAGUAGAGAGAUCCUUCAUGUUAUAUUGCAUUACUAUUUCCAAAUCCUUUUGGGACAUUAAAAGAAACAAAGACCAUUUCUAAGAACCACAACCCUUCAGUUUCUCAAAGAGCCCAGAGGUUGAGAGGUUAGAGUGGAGUUUCCUGAAUCUUGUCGAGUAAUAUGUAGUUGAGGCAAAGGUCAUGCGCCCCAUGUUUAGUUUUAAAUAAUAUUGACCCAUUAAUUCUAAACCUGCUUGUUCCUGAAAUUAUACAGGAUUAUAGUUUGCAAACUGCUGGACAAUGAAGCAAAUCAAGAUGAAUUACAGCCCUGGCCCUCCCUCCCAUCCUUUGACAUCUAAACUGGGAAUGAGGUCUGUCUGAGUGUUCAAAACAACCUUAAGCACCCGCUCCUCUGUUGGUGGCUUUCAG